GCUUACUUUGUUUACUCUUAUUGUUCUAAAUUUAUAUUUUCUGUAGAUUCGAUAACAUGCGAAGCAUUUUAUGAAACUUUGCGAAUUGAUAAGAAGAAAAUGUACACAUCUAUCUCAUCCAUACCACAAGUUACCGUAAAUGUCUUUCCAAUGUCACUAGCUGGUUAUUUCUCGAACUACAGUUGCAAAAGCUCCGUAAAUGAUUCUAAAGUUCACGUCACUGUGGAAUACUCCGGAAGCAGUAAAUCUUACACAAAUAUAUCAAGCUAUAUGGGACGUUUCUUAAUGGUAAACGACACAAAGAUUUCGUGUUAUGCUGAUGGUGGUGGACGGAGAGGCUUAACAAAAGAAAAGAUGGUUACAUUAGCAAAAGGUUUGCAUUUUUCU